AUGUAUUGGUUCAUCGACAUUGCAACUACUCGAUGUCAAGAAAACAACGCUAUAGAGUUCUUGUUGCAUAUCAGCAGUAUCUUUGGGAGCAAAUUCAGUCAAAACAUACAAUUGACUAAAGAUACAAUCCGUUAUUUAAAAUUUUUUUCGUACAGAUGUGAUGCGAGUGAUGCCGAAAAAUAUAACAGAGAGCCGUAUUAUGAACUAGAAAAAAUGAUCCAGACAAUAAUUAUCGAUGAAAAAUACAUAAAUACAAUGAAAUCAUGUGGCUACAAUUGUGAUCUCUCUUCCAUAGAAAAUUCAAUCAAUCAUUCUGACUGUAAAGAAUUUCGUGAUUGUAAAUUAAUUGGCGGGAGUUUUGAUGUCUGUGAAGUAUAUCGUCCUUAUAAUUCAAGACGUUAUCAAUGGUUUCAUGAUAACAAUGGAAUUGUUUAUGGUGAUAGCAGUAAUCAGCAAUGUUAUAAAAGAAGAUAUUUAAGUAGUUAUUUUGAAGCAUCACAAUUUCGAUAUUGCGAUUAUUGUAUGUGUACUUGUAUAAAAAAACAAAAACGCGGGUAUCACAUUGUAACCGCUAUCAGUUUUAGAGAUCAAGUUUCUAAUAUUGAUGAUAAUAUGGUCGUUAUGGGAGUAAGAUUUGUGAGACAAGAUUACAUGAUCCAUGCUCAGAUAAAAGAAGGUAAAUUAGGUCAAAUUGGAUACAAUCUAUACGAUCCUUGGAAGGAAUUGGAAAAUUUUGAUUACGAUUCAGAAACUGAUAAAUAUUUUAUCAAGAAUUUGAAUGGUUCAAAAACGUUGACUAUGGGAAUUGACUAUGGACAUCCGGAGGCCAUGAAUUUUGACGAUUUGAUUGCACCUGAAGGCUUUGUUAUUACUGGUGUCAGAUUUAGAUUUGCUAGAGAUUCGCUAAAUUUACCAGGAUUAAAAUCAAACCCCGUUGAAUUGCAAAUACGCGUAUCGCCUUUUGAUUAUUUUGGAAAGAAAAUAAUUAAUCAUGAUCAAACUCAUUGGAUAUCUCCGAAGCAAAAACACCAAAGGGAUGAAUUGAUUUUGAACGAGCCGGACAUCCCGACUAAGUCAUCAGAAAAUUUGAUUGAUUCAUCAGAGGGUCAGUUUAUUAGAUUCCGAGCUUCUGAUUUGAAAAAAGAUGCUGGACAAUCGACAGUACCAUUUUUUGAUGCUAUGGAGGCUGAAGGUUACCCGGGAUUUCCUCUGGGAGGUAUCGGAAUUAUUCAUCGAGGCCGUAAAGGAUUUGGUGGAUAUUUGGCAUUCAAGAUUUUAGAUCUAGAUCUUUCUCACUACUUUAAAGAUGAUCUGUUUCGCUGA